AUGCAUAUUAAGUGGUUGAGCAUACCAACGCCUCGUGUGACAUCACCACCACCGACCGAUGAUGUUGAUGGAGUCCUACGAAUCAUCGAAGUGAUGAAGGGUGCCGAGUUGUUCAAGGGUAACCUUCUUGAACUACUGCAGUUCAACGUCACCGAAACGUUCAUUAAGGAGUUUGACAGAGUUGCCUCCAUCUACCCACCCAACGUCAGUCUGUUGACAUACGCCGCACACUACAACAACACGGUGGCCUUCAAUCAUCUUAGACGCCAUCCGAACAUGUACUACGAUCCCAAGUAUUUCCCCAAUCUGAUCACCAAACAUGCCAACAUCGACAUGCUCCAGGGCUACCUCGCUGACGUUCCCGACCUCUGGUUACCAAUCAAUUGCAUACCAUCGUCGGUGGACACUGGAAACGUGCAGUUUGUGCGUCUGAUGCUUCAACACUAUGGUGGCACCAUUAAUCUGGAAGAAUACAACAAUUGUCUCGACCAAGUCAAGUUCACUCGACGUGGUGUCGAUGUGAGCAUGCUCAAGAUGCUUCACGAGGAGUUCAACUGUCUUUACAGUUUGACCAACCUCUGGCUGUCGGCACUGAAGCACUCGGCAAAGUGUAACAUGUUGGACAGUGUCCAAUACAUCCUUGACAACAUUCCCCAGGUGGUACGCAAACAGGGAGAUGAGAAGGAAGGAGACAAAGAAGAAGAUGAUGAUAUCAUGGAUUAUCAGAUUCUUGAGAAGUGUCUCAUGAGAUGUGCCAAGAUAGGAAAUGUCACCAUCUUCCAAGCGUUCGCCAAGUCAGCAGUUGGCAUCAAGUAUCUCAAAAAGAAGAACAUCAGCGAGAUCAUUGACGAGGCAGCCGACCGUGGUCAAGAGGCAUUCAUCAAGCAUCUGUUCAAACAUCAUGUAGGCAAUGAGAAUAUCACGACUAGGUGUGAGGAUAAGCUCCGCGACCUCUUGGAGGCGCCACCAGCCGGUGGCUCAAUGGAGUUGGCCAAGCUUCGCCCAACACCCUUGGCUGCACUUCGCAACGAUGACAUCGUGUCGCUCGAGUCGCUCUUUGACAAGUUGGAUGUGCUGGAAAAAAAGGAUUGCCUGAAGAUGUCCGAGUCAAUGGCAAGGUUCAUAUCCAGUCCGCGUGCCACACCGUUGAAGUUCCGUGGCACAUCAAUCUUGAACAUGGUGAAAGCUGUGGGCAAGACUGGCAGCAACAUCAACGCCGACAUUGUGUGCGAGUUCAUCAACAAUUGCCAACACAAGUCAACCAGCUCACUCUACAGCGCCAUGAAUACCGCGGCCGGCUUCUCUUCAAAGAUGAUGCAGCUGCUGCACACCAAGUUCAACACAGAUUACGAAGCCUCUAAUCUUUUGAAGGCAAUGAAGAAGAAGUGCCGCGAGACCAUGACUCUCCUCUUCGAAUGCCUGGACAAGAAAGAUAUUGAAGCCGAGCAUUCCCUCAAGAAAGCAAUGUUCAGUUAUAUCGCCAAUGCACCAUUGGAGGAUGUGAUCUUCUUGCUGGACAACAUGGACCAUAUCAAGAGCAACAUUGAAAUCUGUGAGUGGGCGGUGUGCAACAACAGAGUGGAGGUGUUUGAGUAUGUGAUCGGUCUGUUCACAACCGAGCAGUUUAUGAAAGAUACUGUCAUGGCCGAGCUCAUUGACCAGGCUUUUACGAAGAACAAGCCCAACCUGGUUCGCAUACUCCAACAACGCUUUGAAACAGAGGAGAACAAGCCAUUGGUGAGACCAACACUGGGAAUACUCCUGGUGUGUGGCGAGUAUGAUGCAUGUGACUCGCUUGAGUUCUACUUCAACUCAUCGUUAUUUACCAGCAUGCCCAGUCUGGAUCGUUUGAGGUCGCUUUACUCCAUCCAGCAUCACACCUAUGAUCACGCCACACACAGAGUGAUCAACUUGUGCAGUGAUUAUAUCAAGAGGAUCACACCAGACCAACAUCUGUCAACUCAAAUGCGAGUAGAGUACAAGCUAACAACAACAACUAAUGCCCAACAUGCUUCGCCAAAGAUGGAGAAAGCGUUCCACUUGGUAUUCAAUGAUAAGAAGUUGGGUAUGCGAGUGAUGGACCAGAUUGGAUAUAUCUUCAAGUCAUUGGGCUUGGAGGAUGAACAUAUCAAGGGUAAAGAUUUGCUCAACAAACAUUGUCUGAAUGACUACAUCCUUUACGGUGCGACAGAAUGGUUCAUCAAAGCAUACUCCGCAUCCAACUUUGCCAACAUCGCCUAUAUGAACGAUUCUCUGUUGGAGGAAGCGAUGGCCAAGUGCGACCCGCGCGCAGUGAAUGUCCUAAUGGCCAACCCAUACAUGUCGCUCAAGCCCGAUCUACUCACUUCAUACUUUGUUUGGAACGCGUCGAGCUGCACCAGUCCAGAGUGGGAGAGGAUGUUUGAUGAAUUUGUCAAGAUCACAUGCCAGACCGCCCAACUUGAUAUCAGCAAGUCCAACCUGUCACUGGUCAAACACCCAUCAUUCAUACGCAAACUGAUUGAGAGCGGAACCAUAUUCAAACAAUUCAAAGGCAGAAAUUCCUAUAUUGAAAGCCUUGAACGGUCCUGGCUUAAGGAGAAACCAUGGUCAUUGGAGAUGCUUCAACUGAUGAUGCAACACUCGCUCUUUGCUCCAAAGGGUCAGGUACGUCUGCUGCUAAAGGCCAUCGAGCUUGGUAUCACACCCAUCGUCAAACAUCUGGUUGUCGACGGCAACCUCAUUCAACAAAUAUUGGAUAAUCCCGAAAGGUCGAUGUGUGUGACUGCAGAGGAGCUUAUUGAUCAUUGUUGCGAGCAAGGACGUCUUGAGUACCUGGAGAUGCUACUCAAGGUCAUCCCACAACAGACAUAUACGGCUACCGAGGACAACUCCAAUGAACCGGGUAUUGGACUGCGUCAGCCUUUCCUCUCGGCGGCCAUGAAUGGACAUCUUGCCGUUGCUGAGAGGUUACACGCAAUCAUUCUCUCUUAUGGUCCUAGCGACUCGUCACAUGCAAUUGACGCGAUCACGGAUGUUUUGUCCAAUGGACACCUGGAUAUGGCCAACUUCAUCCUCAACAUCCUUUCGUCCAAUCCCGAGCGCUGUGCAAAAGACACUCGCUACAUCGAUGUUGUUCAUGAGCGCAUCUUGUCGAUUGAGUUGAUCGAUCGAAUGUUGGCACAUCCCAAUCUCAAGUGCAGGUUUAACGGUGUGCUUGGCAAUGCCAUUGCCUCGGGAAACAAGGAGGUGAUCAACAUGUUGAUGGGAACACUUCCAGAAACAACUCCAAUCAAGACGAACUAUCGAGAGGCUCUUGAACAAGCGGCAAAGAUCGGAGAUGUGGACAUGAUCAGUAGGAUCUUGGAGCACAAACCAAAGUCCAGUCUCACCUCUACUCACAUGUGCCUUUUGAUAAAGCAGAUAGGCCUUCCCGAUAGCAAGGUGACAGAGGACGUUUUCAUCGAGUUGGUCAACAAAAUGGAUGGUGGACCAGGGCAGUCGUCAUCAACCCUAUGCUCUUUGUUGUUGGCUGCAACGAGCAAUGGUUCACUCACAAUCAUCAAGUUCAUCGUGGAGAAGAUGUCAACCUUUGAAACAGGUGAUCCCAAUAGCGCAGUGCACAAGAUAAGCACUUACAGCAUGAAGGAGAUUAUCGACUCUUGUAUCGAACGUGGCGACAUUGAGUCAAUGGAAUAUCUGAUCCAGGUGGCCAUGAAAGUUUCAGCCACAGCCAACAAGAGGGGAUACAAACAUAAGAUCAGCGAGCUCUUCACUUUGCCAUCGUGUAACAUAUCGAUUCUCACACAUCUCUUUGACAAGGGCUACAUCACAGUCGAUAACCCCAAGGACAAUACCGUGUCAUCUCUGGUGGACUGGGCCUGCAAGUAUGGAAAGUCGGACAUUAUUCGUCUAGUGUACCAGCGUUGCACGACACCGGUACAGCUUAAGAGACAUCUUCCAUCGCUGAAUUAUAUUUAUUUGGCCGCAGCUGAGAACCAUCAUGAGGUGCUCACUUAUCUGUUUGAAGGUGAUGUCAAUGGUGGUGAGCCAUCACCCUUCAAACAAUCCGAGGUCAAGUUGGACAUGAAUCGCAUGCUCCGAUCAAUUCGUGUCAAUGCACUAAAUAAUGGCUACCUCAAGAUCAUCUCAUUGAUUGACCGAUUGUUAUAA